AUGAACAAGAAGAAACCCAACAGUUUGAUAUCCGUAUCACUGAAUAUGAAUCAGAAGAGAAAGAGCUCGUCUCUUCGUCGACUGUUCCCUUUCGUGUUUUUGCUUGCAAUGGUUUUCCUUGUAGGAAAUGCGUUUAUUACAGAGGGCAUCUCAGGAUGGAGUUCGAUAAUUAGACUAAAUCUUGCGAAACUGAAGAUGUGCAAGACACAAGUUAGGCCACCUGGAAGCGAGACGUUACCGAGAGGCAUUGUUGCAAGUACAUCUGACUUGGAAGUGCGACCUUUAUGGGGCGCAAAGCGUUAUAAGCCAAAGCCGAACUUAUUGGCUAUGGCAGCCGCAAUAAAACAGAAGGAGAGUGUCAACAAGAUUGUCCAGAAGUUUGCGUCAAGUGAGUUCGUUGUGAUGCUGUUUCAUUAUGAUGGAGCCGUGGAUGAAUGGAAAGAGUUUGAGUGGAGUGAAACUGCUAUUCAUAUUUCUGUUGUAAACCAAACCAAAUGGUGGUUUGCAAAGCGUUUUCUACACCCGGAUAUUGUCUCAGCUUAUUCUUACAUAUUUCUAUGGGAUGAAGAUCUCGGUGUUGACCACUUUGAUGCUACAAGGUAUGUUUCAAUUGUUAGAGAAGAAGGGCUUGAAAUAUCACAGCCUGCUCUUGAUCCCCAAUUCUCUGAAGUGCAUCAUCAACUUACCUCACGGGACAACAAUUCGAGAGUACAUAGGAGGACAUACAAAUAUUGGUUCUUGAACAUAGAUUUUCAGCUUGGAUAUUGCGCACAGGGUGAUCGAACUCAAAACAUUGGCAUUGUUGAUUCCGAGUAUAUACAUCAUCUUGGUCUUCCUACAUUGGGAGGUUCAUCUGAUAACAAGACGGAUUUAGGACAACUCGAUAAGACCAAGACUCAGAAUAGUUCAGACAAAUCUAAACCAUCUUCAACACCUCAAAUGUCAUCUGCUAGAUCUGAGGUUCGGAAGCAGACUUACGCCGAGUUAGAGACUUUUAAAAACAGAUGGAAAAAUGCUGUGAAGAGAGAUGAAUGCUGGAUAGACCGAUUCCAACACUGA